UCGCCGUCUCCGCCGCCGCCCCUCGAGCACUCGUCGUGACGUCACUGCGACGUCGUUAUCGAUCGAGGUACGAGGACCGCGUGCAACUCCACUCUACGUACAUUCGUACGAAGGGUGAGGAGGGAAGAAGAGAUAGAACAGAGUGCCCGAUCCGAUAUAGUCAUCGUCUCUCUCGCACUCACGCAAACGCUCACUCAUUCUCUGCCUAUUCCCUCGGUCGGUCGGUCGAACGUUCUCUCUGUCCGUGUCUCUCCCUCCUCGGUCCUUCCUACAAAUCCUUCCAGCCGAAAACAGGUCCUGCACGUAGUGCCGCAUUAACCCUUCCAUCAGAAGACAACAGGAAGCGACGAUGGUGUUGCUCUCCUCCACCGCCGCAUCCACUUCCACCUCUUCAUCAACAUCAUCAUCAUCACCGUCAUCCGACUUGCUGAAACAGUGACAAACAAGAGAGCUAGAGAGACAAAGAGAGACUUCUCUUCCCUUAUAUUUAUAACACGCACGCACACUUGCAUCAUCAUUCCAAAAGCGGAUCAUCAUUCGCAGUUCUCGUGUCCGCCACAGUGCGAAUGUGUACGCGCGUGUUAUCAUCAUCGUACGUGCAACAUCCUUUCGUGUAAUGGAAAAGUGAAACGAUCCUGCGGCAUCUCUCUUAGAGAUAGUGUGCGUGAGGGAGGCGAGGCUAGGGUGCAAAAGAGAAAUAGAGAGAGAAUAAGAGAGCUUGAGGAAGAGCGAUAGUGCGGUGAAGAGGAUCUGAGAGUCGGUGAGCCCGGUGUAAUGUGGGGGUGGGCGAGGGAGCGCGCGGGGGGCAGCUAGCGGUGGUGGCGCGCGCGCCCCCCAAACGGCCCCCCGGCCCCAAGCAGGCCCCAGCAUGACGGGCGCUAAAGAAUGAAGAAGCAAAACGUUCGCACGCUAUCACUCAUUGUGUGCACCUUCACUUAUCUGCUGAUCGGCGCCGCCGUCUUCGACGCCCUCGAGUCCAAGACGGAAAAGCAACGAAGAGAAGUUCUUCAAGAGAUCGAGUGGAUGGUAAGGAGGAAGUACGGCAUAACCGACGAGGAUUUUCGGAUAUUGGAGACGGUCGUGCUGAAGUCGGAGCCGCAUCGGGCAGGAAGACAGUGGAAAUUUGCCGGAGCGUUUUACUACGCCACGACCGUUCUCACAACCAUCGGAUACGGCCAUUCCACGCCCAGCACCGUCGCCGGAAAACUCUUCACCAUGUGCUACGCGAUGAUCGGCAUUCCCCUAGGACUCGUCAUGUUCCAAAGUAUAGGAGAACGCGUCAACAGAUUGAGCAGCGUCAUAAUUCGUUCAGUAAAGUCUUCCCUGCACUGCCGACACACGAACGCCUCCGAACUCGAUCUCAUCUGCGUGGUGACCACCCUCAGCUCGCUCACCAUCGCAGGAGGUGCUGCGGCCUUCUCCUGCUACGAGGGUUGGAGCUACUUCGACUCUGUCUACUACUGCUUCAUCACCCUCACCACCAUCGGUUUCGGAGAUAUGGUGGCUCUGCAGAAGGACAACGCUCUCAGCGAUAAGCCAGAGUACGUGAUGUUCGCGCUGAUCUUCAUCCUCUUCGGUUUGGCCAUCGUCGCCGCGUCUUUGAAUUUAUUGGUGCUGCGAUUCGUGACGAUGAACACGGAGGACGAGAGGAGAGACGAGGCUCAGGCCAUGCAGGCUUUGGCUGGAGCGGUGCGACUGGAAGGAGACGUGAUAACUGCGAACGGAUCAAUUCUGAGCGGUCAUCUAGGAGGUCAUCAUGGUACUGAAACGACGUCGAUAGACGUGAAUCCCUCCGUGUGUUCCAGCCCUUGCGGAUGCUUCUCGUCCAAAAGGCAUAGGUUUAGCGUAAGGAGAUCACCCACUCAAAUCAGGCACCUGCUGCCCGUCCUGCCGAUGCACGAGCUGCAUCUGCCGCAGGGUCCGCUCCUGCCGCCUCCGGCAAUCUACCCCAAUCACCGUGCCUCCAUAUGAUGACUGCAACAGGGGCUUUUACAGUUCAUGACUUUGUGAUAUGUUCGAGAGAAAAAAAAAACACAUGCAGGACGAUAGUUUUAGAUCUGAACAGAUUUAAAGAAAACAACAAAUUAUAUAUAUAUAUAUACCAAGAUGAGAUGAUGCGUUGUUGCAUCGCCAAAACAAGACGAGGAGAAGAAGGAUUACACACAAAAAAAAAAAGAUGGUUUUCGCACGGUGAGAAUUGCGAUUUCGCGCACAAAAGCCGCUGACGAAAGACAACAAUCGUUUCGUCCUCCUAUUGGAGGCGAUUUCGUUUACGUUCGUUUCUUCCUUUCUUUUUACAUAUAAAGACGAUCUUUGAUUUGAAUUCUUUAUGCGUUUCUCCCGAGGCGGACGCCGAUGUGAGAUAAUUGGGAUCAAAUAGUUGCCAAGAGAUAAAAAGAUUUAAAAGAACAAAAAAAAAAAAAAAACGUUUUUUCUUCUAUACAAAAAAAAAAUGAAAUAUAAAGUGACGAUAUUUUUGAUUGAUAAUUUGCCAAAUUAGGUUUUCUCUCAAAGACAAAUCGACUGACGAGGCGCUUCCUAAAACAAAAGAAAAACGAAAGGCUGAAGCCUCGCCAAACAAAACAAACACAAAAAAAAUAUAAUAAAAUAAACAAGACAAAGAAAGAAUGAAAGAUUCUUCGCGAAUUUCGACACUUCCCGAACGCGACUUGUUUUGUGUACAUAAUCAGACUGCAUUCCGUUUUUACCUUGUACAUAAGUGGUAAGUGAGAAGAAUUGAAGGAAAGGGAUUUUUUUCUCCCGAUUCACUAUAAACUUAAGUUUCUUUUUGCUGAAUAUUGCAAAGAAUUACACAUUUGAAUCGCUCGUUAAGAGAAGUCGUUAACAUUCCAAUUUUUCUUUGAGACAACUUCCAAAGUUAGCGCUUCUCCCCAAAGACAAGCGUUUCAAUUAAUUAUCUUAAGUAUAUACGAAUUGAGUGAUCCAAGCGAUUUUUUGAUAAUGUUCUUCUUAUGUGAGCGUGUACGUAGUUAAGAAUUUAUUUACAUAUAUAUAUAUUUUUUAUUUCCAUCAAUGUAAAUAAUUACAAAGAAACGCAAACAAGGCUUGACCAUUUACGUUUUUGGUGAUUCCCCCUUAGUUUUAGGAUGUGUAUGUGAUAUAAUAUGAAUCAAUUCGCCUUCAUUGUGUUUCAUUAAUUCGUUCUGUUUAAUUUUAAUUUCUUUAUAUUAUUGUAUCAAUUUGCAUGCCAUUUGUUGUACGUCGACUAAUGCUUCCUACUUGGUUUCUGUUCCGAACUGUAUACGUUCAAAUCUCUGUUCUUGCGACUAUUGUUCAUGACUGAUUUUGAUUUCGGAGUGCAUUCAAGAUAAAAAUAAUUUAAAUUAAACAAAAAAAAUACAACAGAGCAUACGAACUUUGUAAAUACUGUGAGACGGAAAGGAAAUGUAAAAAGAAUAUGAAAGGAAAAAAGGAAAAGAAACUGCUAUAUAAUUAUAUAUUAUAUAUGAGAAGGAGAAAAAAAUAACAUACUUGAAAUAUAAUCGAUUUUUAAUAACAAUUAAAUAACGAAAUGAAAAUUGUAUGCAUACUUGUGUACUGCCAAAAAACAGAAGGAAUUC